AAUUUUAACAAUAAUAUUUUAAUAUACAUACAUAUGCAUCUAAAUAUGAUAAAAAUUUUGAUCAUAACCAGUGUUACCAAAGUGAAAUAUUUUAUUCCAAAGGGGAAUAUAUUUGUCGAGAAAUGUAUAUUUAUAUCCGUACGAACGUAUGCUCGAAAAAUAUACUAAAUUUGCUUAACCGUUUGUAACGCUAAGAAAUAAUGGUCUGAGUUUUAUUUAAAAAUUCAAGAAAAACUCUAAAGAAUUAAAGCAAGCUCAAAUGGGUAUUCGUAUUAUAUUUUUGCUUGCAUCAGUCAUAUACUGUUUUGCACAAUAUUGUGAUAACGUUGUUGUUGAAACAAUCACUGCUGAUGAAGGUGGAAACAUUAUGCUUACGUGUGGCUUUGAAAUAACUGAUAAAGAAUGUAAUUCAUCAAUAUAUUGGACAUACCCUAAUAAAAUUUUUACUCAUCAUGAAAAAAUAUAUGAAAAUAGAAUUUUACUAUCAUUUACUGAAAUUUUAAAUUUCAAUGCAGAUGAAGAUACGGGAUCAUAUUCAUGUUCUCUUAUUUCAUGUAAUAAUACAUCAUAUGAGAAACGUUUCAUUUUAAAAUAUGAUAACAGUGACAUUAAUAAUAGAAGGGAAAUUAGAUAUAGUUGGAGCUUAUUUACAGUUCUCAUUUUAAUAAUAGUUUUAAUAUUAUUACUUGUUAUUCUCAUCAUUACAAAUAUUAGAAUCAUUUUACGGAAACGGCAACUUGGAAGUUAUCAAAUUUAAACUGAUACAAGGCAUAAAAUAAUUAAUAUAAUAUAAUUCCAAAUAAAAACAAUAAACACAAAAUAAAAAAUUGUGGAGACUUUUUAUUGGAGAAAUAAAAAUUUAAUAAUUUUAUUAUCUUUUGUAGUUAAUAAUGGCAUUUUGUACUUAAUAAUGGCAAUCAAACAAUCAAAUAAUUUGCAUGAUCAGCCUCCAUUAUUUAUAAGUAAAUAUAUUUUAUUAUAGUUCAUUCGUCUUAUUUUUCAACAGCUUAGAUGUACAGCGUCAAAAAUAAUUCAUUCACGUUUCGAAAAUCAUUACAGUUCCAAUGUUUCCUUUGAACCCUAAAUAAAAUGAAUGAACUGUAAUAAAAACCAUAUGUAACAUUUGUAAUAUUUUUUUUAAAUAAACAUAAAAAAUUUUUUAUUGCAACAAAUUUUUAAAUAAAAAAUAAAGAUUUAUCUUUUUAAUUUAAACUCCGAUAAAAUUCUAUAUUUUUUUAGUGUUGCCAAAAUUUAAAUAAGAUCAUUGAAAUAUAAAACGAUGUCAUCGGAUAUAAAUAAAAUUUAAAUACGACGUUGAUAUUUGGUAACCGAUGAAGGAUGCUAUAAACAUAAAAAUAGCCUGAGUGAGUUUUAAUACUAAGACAUUGGCGGUGAAUCAACAUAUAAAUUAAAAAUUCCAACCAUUUGAAAAAUGAAUU